UGAGAACAUCCUCUGAAUACGGGUGCUGAGCCAAGACGACCAUCGAUUGCAUCGAACACAGCUAUUAACUGGCUUUCCUGGCUCUCUUUACGACACGACGCCAAUGAACACACGUGUUUAUUUUGUAAGUUUUAUCCAUAUUUUAUCAACACAAUAUAAGUAUGGAGAAUAUCGUACAGAAAAAAAAUUCCAAAAAACCGUUAACUAAGAAUGACCUCGAGCUUCUUGACAAAAAUGAUCUUAUUGAUAGAAUAUUGCAGUUGGAUUCACAUAUUAUACAAUUAAAAAAUGUAAUCAAAAAAUCUGGUGAGAAUCGCAAAUCUGGUGCGUCACAAACAUCUGCAAAAUCUUUCAAUUUUUCCCAAAAAUCUAAGAGACAUAUCCUACUCAAGUUUUAUUAUCUUGGUUGGAAUUACAAAGGAUUUGUUGAACAAGAAGAUACGAUAAACACAGUAGAGCAUCAUAUUUUUGAAGCUCUCAAAAAAAGCUGCUUAAUUGAAAAUCGUGAAUCGUCUAAUUACCAUCGAUGUGGUCGAACUGACAAAGGGGUCAGUGCGCAUUCCCAAGUAAUAUCUUUAGAUGUUCGAAGCGUAUUAAAAACCGAUGAUCAGCACAAAGUUAACGACGAGUUACCAUACAGUAAAAUAUUAAAUAGAAUACUUCCUGACAGUAUAAAGUGUAUAGCAUGGGCAUCGGUGGGAUCAGAUUACUCAGCGAGAUUCGAUUGUAAACAUAGAACAUAUAAGUACUUUUUUCCUCGAGGAAAUUUGAAUAUCGAAGCUAUGAGAAAAGCAGCAAGUCUACUGAUAGGGCUUCAUGAUUUUCGAAACAUUUGUAAAAUGGAUGUAGCCAAUGGAGUAGUGAACUUCAAACGAACAAUUGUUGAUGCACAAAUUAUCUGUUCAAACAAUGAUCAAUCAAUAACUGCAGGCUAUGACAUGUGCUUCUUAAUCAUUAAAAGUAAAGCAUUCCUUUGGCAUCAAAUAAGAUGUAUCAUGGGAAUACUUUUUCUCGUAGGCCAAGGAAGAGAAAAAUCUGAUAUUUUUUCUCAUUUGUUAAAUGUUGAAAAGUGCCCACGUAAACCUCAGUAUAGUUUAGCUCAUGAAUUGCCCUUAAAUUUAUUUCACUGUGACUAUGAUGAUGUCGAUUGGUUCUACGAUGAUCAAGAAUUACAUGUUGUUAUCAAAAAAUUACAAGAAGAUUGGACAAUGAAUUCCAUAAAGAGUGCGAUGACGAGGAGUAUGCUUCAAAAUCUUGAAAAUCUUACCAAAAAUAAAAUCAGUUCAAAUAAUCAAAGUGAUUGCCUGAUUCUAGGCGUCCAUUCAAAAUGUUACCAGCCAUUGAUGAAGCGAAUUACUUGUGAAAGCCUCGAGAAUCGUAUCAAGCAUUUUGAGAAAAAACAAAGAAUCAAUAUUAAAAAUGUGUUAAAAGAAAAUGAAUAAGUCUAAGACAACGUUGCUGUUUAAUUUCGGUUGAAACGUAGACCUUACAGAUCAUAAUAGCUAUAAAGUUGAUCACAUAAAAAUGAUACGAGCAACUAUUAAGAAUACCUGUCCAUUGAUAGAAUGGAAUAACUGACGAUGAAUGGAUAGUUUUUAUUCAAGAACAUACGCAAUAUUAAGAAUGUCAUUUGUUUAAUAUGGAUCAACUGGAAAUUUUAAAACUUUAAAUUUCUAUCAAUAUCAAAACUGCAAAUAAUUUUCUAACCCAACUGCGCAUGAUCAGAAAUUGCUUACGUUCCGUUAGACUCCUAUUGGUUCUCUUUGAUAAGAUAUUUUCAUUAAACGCAUAAUAAAUGAUAAUGAUUGAA